AAGUUGAUUUUUGACGUCGAUCGAAUCCGAAUGAAACUCGCACUCAUCCAUCGAAAGGAAACUGUUUUUUAGGGUGGUUGUGUGUUCUUCUUCUCAUGUUGUAUCGCGUAGAGUAGCAAAAUUUACGACGGUAAAAUUUCAUACGGCUACACGAGCCUACUUCGAUCGACUAGCUUACUACGGUUUAGAAAAAUCAGCGUACAUCAACUCGGGUGAAGUGAAGUUCGCAGCAAAGUAGUGGAAUUCGUGGAUUUCUUGCGUAGGGUGCUGUGCAAAUGAAGAUUGGAUGCUGGCUCCGGAACAGAAGCGACCAAAAGUGAUUCGCAGGUUUUCUGCAUUAUCGUUUCCGUGUGGAGGUCCUCCCGGAUGAAGGUCCUUGAAAAAAUCGUGGGUGCUUGGAUGAGGUGAUACACACGCGAAAGAUCACCCAGCCUACUACUGUCUAUUAGUGCAGUUUUCGUGCCAUAUAAAGAGAAAAAAAGCGACUCUAUUGGUCUGUCGCAAUACUUCGAAGAAGCUGCAAAAAAUACAGUGAGUCAAGGCAUUGUACGCCAAAGUGGAAGAGGUUUCAAGAAAAAAAAGUCACUCCGUCGGGUGAAGGCAGAAUGGGGACUGCCGAUGGAAAAUGAUAUCUCCCUAGAGGAGGAAAAUUGGUGUCAUACAAGUUACUGGAACGGAAGGUUCGUUCCGUUAGAAGAAGAUAUUCGGGCUUCUAUGUGUGAUCAAAAGUGUACGGUUUAAUUGGGACAAGGAUUUUUCUGCCAUCAAAUUACAUGGUGGAACGGUGCGCAGCAGGCUGACAGCAACAAUUUUUAUCCACCAAAGUAGGCAAACUUUUGGAUUUGCGAGAUUUCCGCUUGCUGCGAUUCAAAUUCGAAGCAUGGCAUAGUUGAGCGGCACCUAGAGUUGUGCCAAAUGAUGAUUACCCCUUUGGAAAUCAUGUGUACUUACUAAAGGAAAUUCCGACUCAGGUCUGGUAACGUCAAUUGCAGGACCAUCCGCAGAGACCCCGCAAUAACCGGAAUGGUCUGUCGGGCCUAGCUUCGGACCUCCUAUACCGUGCAGCUCCAUCAUGGCCAACGGGUGCGUCGCGAGUUGGACAAAUCCCGCACAGCCUCGACCGGAAGGUGAAUCAAAAAGUGACAACAACGAAAAGUGCUCUAACAACGUUGAGGGACAGCAGCAAAACAGUGUAGAUCCUAGUGAUAGUGGCACCGGAAAGCAACCGUCGGGAGAAACCCGCGCAAAGAAUGCUGAAACCAAUCAAAAACCUGCUGACAUAUCUGCAAAAAAAUGCUAAUAGUUCGACGAUCUUCGGGUUAACCAACGGUAUGGGUCCAAUCGAGGAACCGACCCUGCACGAAGCACCCGACAUGAUGUCAUCGGAGGAGCUAAACUGCGACGAUCCGCUGUACGAUCCGCUCGCGCUGGACGAAUGUGAUAACGAUGUGCUAAACGUGAGCAAUGUCAGUGCUACGACGACCGGAACGACCAGCAGCGAGCUGGACGCAUCGACCGGUCAGAUCGUUCUGGUGGACGUGACAAGUCUGAAGAGUCCCGCUGCCCAGGGGGGCGAAGACGACGGUGGUGGCGGAGGGGACAUUUGUAGUGCUGUUGAACUUGAACCUGUGAAUACUAGUGUAAAUGGGCUGGACGAAAGUGCGCUUUCGCUGGAAAAUGGCGACGAUCCAAAUGAGACCAGGUCUACCAAUCUCGACGACGAUAGCUUUAAGACGGCUUCCUGCGGGGACACCCCGAACGUUUCGGUGAAUGGAACCACUGUGGAACCGUACACGAACGGCGUAACGGAAGUGACCGAUGGGGGAAGGCAGCAGAAUGAAGAAGAGGAAGCCAGUGAUGGGUCCGAUUCGGGGUUGGGUUCAGAACCAUCUCGGAAUCUGUCGGCACUGGAGAAGGAAACCGCCGAGCAUCCGCCGGUGAAGAGUAAUCUCAAACGACGCUCGGCAGAGGAAACUACGGGAGCGAGCUCGGAAAAGCGACCAAAGAAGGGCAUCACGUUCGAUGGGGUGACCGUGUACUAUUUCACACGGAUGCAGGGCUUCGGCUGUGUGCCGUCCCAGGGUGGAUGCACCCUGGGGAUGGAGUUCCAGCAUAUGCACUCUAAGCGCUUCACCCUCGCAGAGCACGCGGCUGAGCAGCGAAAAGUGCACCGAGCCCAACUGCAGGAACUGAACCCCCGGUCCAGUUCGAGUGAAGAAACCGACAGUGAGGAUGAACCCAGCGAGAGCGGUUCCGAGGCGGAAAGUGAAUCCUAUGGCUUCCUGCAACCGGUCACCACUAGGCAGAGGCGAGCCCUGCUCAAGGCCGCCGGUGUGCGGAAAAUCGAUUCCACGGAGAAGGACGAAUGCCGGCUGAUAAGGACUUCACGGGAGGUGUGCGGCUGUACCUGUCGGGGGUACUGUGAUCCGGAUACCUGUUCCUGUAGUCAGGCGGGCAUCAAGUGCCAGGUGGACCGACCGAGCUUCCCCUGCGGUUGUACGCAGGACGGAUGUGCCAACGUGGUCGGUAGGGUAGAAUUCAAUCCGGGGCGAGUGCGGACACAUUUCAUCCACACGAUCAUGCGGUUGAAUUUAGAUAACAAAACGAACAGCGAAGAACAUGGCGGGAUGGGAAUGCAUUCGGCGGGUGGUUAUGGUAACAGUAAGGAUUGGUCCAGUGGGCCAGUGCGAUUACCAGGGCUGUAUGGAAUGGUGGGAGUCAAUGGAGUCGAUUCCAUUGACAGUUACCAUCACCACCAUCAUCAUCUCCACCAUAACCUUCAGCAGCACCCGUAUGGAGUUAGUCAUAACUAUUUAGCCAAUCAUUCGGUUUCACCCGGAGUUGUUCAUCAGGCCAAUGAAUCAUUGGAUCUGCAUUACGCUUUCCGGGAUUACUACGGUACCACGCAGCAACCUAACGAUCAACUCGCCAUGUCCAACUCGCUCAUGGCUCCGUACUACGGAAACUACCCGACAGCGAUGGACCAACAGUACCAUCAACCUCACCACUCUGGUCUGGUCCUAGAUCAAAGGCAACCGGAUCCACAUUCCCCUUACCAUAGUCAGAUGGAACCCGUUCCCAGCAGUUCGGCGAUCCUGGACGAAGACACUACGCUUAACACCCCCAUCAACCCCAAUUUUGGUUGCGACGAACAAAGUUCUCCAGCUGAAAGCUUGCCUCCAAGUACCUCCGUCAGGGCAUUCGUGGACCAGCAACAUGAUUCACAAACGUCAUGUUCUUCCAGUGAACCCAUCCCGCAACCGACGGAAGAUCCUUUGGAUCCUGCUUCUAAUGCAGCAAGUCCACCAAGUGGCGAUUUCAUCGACCUCAACACCCCUCUUGCAGCGAAUAGCGACCGGCUGGAAGCGAUAAAUGACCUCCUGGCCAACAGUCGCCAUCAGAUAACCAUGGCCCAGCGGUCGAUCAUUGCCGAAGAAGACGACGAGCUGAGUGACUUCCGUGAUCCUCCGGUCAUGCCCCUUUCCAGCGUGGUAGACAGUUCUGAACCGUGCACCACCGAAGACGAUACUCAAGACGAAACGCACCCCCAAACCAAUGGGGAUUGUUCCGUGAAAGACGACGCGCCUCUGAACAACGUCAAUGCCAGUGGUUGCAACGGACCCAUCAUUGAAACGUGCGAAAACUUAAGCGAAAUCAUCAAGAAUAGUAUUGUUGAAACUGUGUCUAAUUAAACUGUAGGAAACGUUUUUCUCUGCAAGACGUGCUAACAUUUAUUUUGCUACAUUUUCUAGCAAACAGUUUCGCUGUUAUGUUGCAUCAAGUUUAGUUUUUCUUUCUUCUUACCUUUUCGUUUCAAACGUAUUUCACAGUUAUCGUCUACCUUUAUUACGUUUAUUUUCAACUUUUUCGUUUAUUUUCUAUUUCUUGCAUUAUUCCCGUUGUUCGAUGCGCUCUCAUGACUUGAAUGCACUGAGAAAGCUAUUGUAAUUUCUACCAAUUAGGUGUAAAAUAGUAAAACAAAGCCGAUUUUCGUAGGAAAAAAAGAAUACAAUGUAUCUCCUAUUUGUAGCUGUUUCCUUGUGUAGAUUAAAGAGAUCAAAAAUCAAACAUGCACUUAUAAAUAAUACAAAGAAAAUGGUUAGUUAAAUUAAAAUCACGCGAUUCGUGAAAUGCCGGAAUCGAGCAACUAAUUUCUUAUAGUAGGUUUAAAAUGUAGAAUGCGAUAGACAGCAAAAGCACAGUUUACAAACAAAAUAAAUGGAGCAGAGUUGGGAACAUUCUCGGACAGGAAACCACAUUCAUUUGCAAAUAUAUCACUUUACUAGCUUCGUAUGUGCUUAUAUAUUAUAGAUGUAAUAAACUCAAAGAACGAUUCGUAAGUCUUCAAUUAUGCGGAUAAGUUUCACGCUGUAUUUAAAUUCAACCCAUUUCAAAAAAUAAACGUAAACCUGGUUAACAAAACUUGCAAUCCUUCGAUAUGAAUCGAUUUGUUCGAUUGAGCAAUUGGCAACUCAAUGUUGUUCCAUGUACAAGAAUGUUCUUAAACUUUGGAAUCCAAAUGAAUUCCUACCAGCUGGUACUACGGUGUGAUAAAACACAUUGGAACAAGGCUACGGAAUUCAGUAGGUACCUAAUUGUAUAAGUUAUGUGAAACUGGAACAACUGGCAAUCCAGUUGGAAACGGGCAAGCAUUGCCAUCCUUCACUGUACAUAAACCGCUCACAGUACGCCCCAAGCAAUUGGAAUAUCUAAAUUGACGGUACCCAGGAGUAUCGACAUAUUAUGUAAAAUAUAAAAGCAACCUAUUGGAUAUCAAUUAUCGAAAUAAUAACAAUUAAAUGCAUACCAA